AUGCGAAAGGCAUAUGUUGUCGGCGCGAAUACUCACGUUCAUUUGCGAAAACAUGGUAUACCAGUUACGGACACAAACAACAUAGUCCUCUUAGAUGAAGAAGGUAAUCCUCUCGGAAAUCGAAUCACGAUACCGAUUCCUGUGAAGUUGUUGGAAAAGAAAGAUAAGCCACAGUUUGCUAAGGUUUUAGCUUUGGCCAACAAAAACAAAGCAACAAGCAUAUCAUCAACCGUAACAACUAAAACAAGUUUUGUUCACCGAUAA